AAAAUGGCUAAUUGACCAAAAUAACCUCGGAUGUGUUGCAUUCCCAGAACCCAAAUCCCGAAUCUCAAAUCCAGUCACAAUAAAACACAGUAAGCAAUCAGCAAAACGCCCCCCAAUCCCAUCCCAAAAGAGGCAGAGCCAAAAGCAGUCUAAAAAGCCUAAAGAAAGUUAGGAAAGUAGAAGAAGAAGAAGAAGAAGAAGAAAAAGCAAGCAAACAUGGACGGAGGGACAGCUCAGCGGCCGGACACCGUCAUGUCGGAAGCAUCGGCGGCCCCACCACCGGCGUCCGACCCUAACCACCAGCAACACCAGCAGGUCGGGAUGGACAAUAUUCCGGCCACUCUCAGCCACGGAGGACGAUUCAUUCAGUACAACAUCUUCGGCAACAUAUUCGAGGUCACCGCCAAGUACAAGCCCCCAAUCAUGCCCAUAGGCAAGGGCGCAUACGGCAUCGUCUGCUCGGCUUUGAAUUCCGAAACCAACGAGCACGUGGCUUUAAAGAAGAUAGCGAAUGCCUUUGACAACAAGAUCGAUGCUAAGAGGACUCUCCGUGAGAUCAAGCUGCUUCGCCACAUGGAUCAUGAGAACGUUGUUGCCAUUAGGGAUAUAAUACCACCACCCCAGAGGGAGACAUUUAACGAUGUCUACAUUGCUUAUGAACUAAUGGACACUGACCUGCAUCAGAUAAUUCGGUCUAAUCAAGCAUUGUCGGAGGAGCACUGUCAGUAUUUCCUAUAUCAGAUCCUCCGUGGAUUGAAAUACAUACAUUCUGCAAAUGUCCUACACAGGGACUUGAAACCUAGCAAUCUUCUCCUAAAUGCUAAUUGCGACUUGAAAAUAUGUGAUUUUGGAUUAGCUCGUGUAACCUCAGAAACUGAUUUUAUGACGGAAUAUGUCGUUACAAGAUGGUACCGUGCACCAGAGCUACUGUUGAACUCUGCGGAUUAUACUGCAGCUAUUGAUGUAUGGUCUGUAGGUUGCAUUUUCAUGGAAUUGAUGGACCGGAGGCCACUUUUUCCUGGCAGAGAUCAUGUGCAUCAGUUGCGUUUACUAAUGGAGCUUAUUGGAACCCCAUCAGAGGCUGAGUUAGGAUUCCUGAAUGAAAAUGCUAAGAGAUACAUUCGGCAACUUCCUCUUUACCGCCGGCAGUCCUUUACUGAAAAGUUUCCCCACGUUCAUCCUGCAGCAAUUGAUCUUGUUGAAAAGAUGUUAACAUUUGAUCCCAGAUUGAGGAUUACUGUUGAAGAUGCACUAGCUCAUCCUUAUUUGACAUCCCUGCAUGACAUCAGUGAUGAGCCUGUCUGUAUGACUCCCUUCAGCUUCGACUUUGAGCAGCAUGCUCUGACUGAGGAACAGAUGAAGGAACUAAUCUACCGAGAGGCACUUGCAUUUAACCCGGAGUAUCACCAUUAGUCAGCAGAAUUCGUGCUUAACUAUUUCAUUGUGGGUUUGUUGGUUAUUGUGAUGCCUCUGUUUGCUGUGUUUGGUGAUCGAUUUCUUCUUGUAAAUAUAUCCCAUCCAAAACUGGAUGGUUGCCAAAACUGAAUUAUUUGAUAAUGGCCAUUAUUCAGGGACACACUAUUAACAGUGACAUUGAUGUUUGUAUCGGCUGUUUUGCUUUUAUUGUUGUCUUCAUCGUCGAAAUGACCAUGGAUGGUUGAGACUC